AUGUCAAAUACAAAAGAUGAAGAACUAACAGCAGAUGAAAUUGCUCUUUAUGAUAGACAAAUCAGAUUAUGGGGAAUGGCAACUCAAUUAAGAUUAAGAUCAACAAAAAUAUUAGUAAUAAAUUUAGGAGCAAUUGGAUCAGAAGCUGUAAAAAAUUUAGUUCUUGGUGGUAUUAAUUCAAUAGAAAUUUUAGAUCCAUCAUAUGUUAAAAUUGAAGAUUUUACUGCACAAUUUUUUUUACCUAACGAUGAAUCUAUUGUUGGUCAAUUGAAAUUACCAUUAGUAUUUGAUAAAAUUAGGGAAUUAAACCCAGCAGUGAAUUUAUCUAUCAAUACCAAUUCAAUAAAUGAAUUGAGUAAAGAUUAUUCAUAUUUGAAAAAAUUUGAUUUAAUAAUUGGAACAGAAUUGACAAAAUCUCAAAUAUUUGCAUUAAAUCAAAGUACAAGAGAAUUAAAUAUUCCUUUAUAUAUAAGUGGGAUGCAUGGAAUGUUUGGAUAUAUUCUUGUUGAUUUAAUUAAACAUGUAUCAGUUAAUGAAAUGAAUGAAAGUUCAAUACCUCGUAAAGCUGGUACUGAAUUAUCUAGAAAUAAAACAAUCAUAAAAGUUGAUUCAAAUAAAGAAACCAAAAUUGAUUUGGUUACUAUUGAGGAUAUAUAUUCUACGUUGAAAGAGAUCUUUAAUUCAAAAGUAUUACCUACAACAUUAAAAAGAAGAGAAUUGAAAAAAUUAGAUGCAUUAACUAUAAUAUUUGCGUUGUUUGAUAUAGAAAGAUUGGAUGAUUCACCAGAAUCAAUACUAGAUUCCGAAUUACUUUGGGAAAAACUUAUUCAAACUUAUGAAAAUUUAGGAUUAGAUUCAUCAAAUAUUUCCAAAGAUUAUUUUGAAGAAAUUAAGAGACAAGCAUUUGCUGAAUUUUCACCAACUGCAGCUAUUUUAGGUGGAACAUUAGCUCAAGAUGUUAUACAAUACCUAAGUAAAAACCAUUCACCUAUAAAUAAUGUAUUAAUAUUGGAUGCUAAGGAAAAAGCUAUGCCUAUAUAUUCAAUGUAA